AUGGCGUCAGAACAAACCCCCGAAGCCAAAGAGCUUGCUCUGGUGGGCAAAGUCGAGAUGCGCAUUGCGCUUGCUAGCUCCGAGAAGAAGCUUGAGGACUUGCUCAAAGUCUAUCUCUCUCCACUGCUCCUCAAACUCGGCUCAGAUAGCGUUGCUGUGCGGAAUAAGGUCAUCUCCAUCUGCCAACACAUCAACACCCGCAUAAAGUCACAAGACAUCAAACUCCCUGUGAGUGCUCUUCUAAAGCAGUAUAAAGAGAAUCCCGACAUCUCUCUCAUACGCCAUUUCGACAUCCUUUACAUUCAGCAAGGCAUAUCGCGGCUUACAGUCGCCGAACGACUGGAGCUUCUUCCCAUCCUGCUGCAAGGCAUCGCCAAAGACUUUGAAAAGUCGGAACAGCAUGCUUCUCAGCUGCUACAUCUCAUUCUACGUCUUCUGGUCCAUUUCAAACUGCCCCUCCGCGGCAGCAAGGAGGACGAUGAGCUGAGGUCAACUUUGGGCCUUUCCGAUGACGAUGCGGCCUUCCUCUCAAGAUGGUUUGGGAAACUACUCAUGCUAAGCAUCGUGCGAGAGAGUAACCCUCAGGCCCAAGCCACGUUGCGUUGUCCGGGUUUAUCUGUCGAAGACUACAAGUUCUUGACGCUACAGGGCAAGCCAGAUGCCUGGGAUCCCACCUCCGAUGCAGGCCUAAAUUUGACUGAAACAAAAGCCCUGGUCACGCGCUUCAUGGCAAGUGGGCUGUUCAAAGAAGAUGAAAAGUUUCUGCCAGCACUAUUCGCAUCUGCAGAUACCAACUCCCGGAUAUCAGAGGUUGGCGAGGACACUCUGAAACGUGUAAUGCUAUCCAAGGAUCUUGAACAACCAGAAGUUGUGGAAGCUCUGUUCGAACUCUACUUUGGCUCGAGCUCGACGACUGGAUCGUUGCCGGUAAAGACACCACUACAAAUCAGGAUACUCAACGUCUUGUCAAGAUCUGUCAGGUGCACUGCAUACCCACGGCAAAUAGCGAGGCUCGUUGAAGAAGGCCUUCUCUCACCAGAACUGAAUGCGACAAACAAGACAGCAGGGAGGGAAGCUUCCAAGUUUCGCUCAGCCAUCUUCUCACUAGUCAACUUCGUUGCACGUCGUGGACAGUCCUCCGACCUUUCCCAGGUUGCUGAAAGUUUGGUAGGGAACCUGAGGGCCUUCAUCCAAGAUCAAGGCUGGCCAACUCCAGAUCAUGACCAAGAUAUGGAGCUACGAGGCUAUGGCUAUGAGACCAUCGGACUGUUGGCGAAGGCUGCCCCCGAAAAGAUACUCCUAGAACCAUCCCUGGACUUGUUAGAGUUCUUGUUUCGAUCUCUCCGUGAGGAUUCAGCAGGAAAGGACGUAGCUGUCAGUAUAGAGGAAGCCUUAUCUUCAGUACUCGGCGCAUUUUCGAAACCUUUCGAUCCUUCUGUCAUGCCCAGGUUCCGGCAGAUACUACUUAGAUACGCGUCUGUAGAUCAACAUAACACGCCAGCUUCAGAUCGGUUUACAAGAAGCACACGUUAUGUUGCGACACGAUUUGCAAACCGCUGUCUUCCGUAUGAGGAUGUGCUGGCGCGAUGGAUCGACAUUCUCGCUGUCAGUGGAGGGGCUUCCGAAAGGCAUGAGGUCAUAGAGGAAGGACGACGUGGUCUCGAUCCAUACUGGUUUAGAAUGUCCAAUACCCCACCCGGCGAACGCGAACAAAGCACAUUGGUCUUUCCGGACUUCGACAAGCUGGUCAACUUUAUUAUCGUUCAGCAAGGGCAGGACGAAGACGCGAUGGAUAUCGACGAGUCAGAGGAUGCUCUUGUACAGAUACAACACUUCUAUCAGCAAUACCCUGGAGCUCUACCGAUUGUCAUUAGCUUCUGUUCUAGCGUCGCGAUGCAGUCUGCGCUACAUGACAAAGAGAUGGGUGAAGAAAUUCCGGAAGAUUGGGACAGGAAGCUUGAUACCCAGAUGACUACGGACAUGCGCGCUCGGCAAGCGUUCCGUGCAUAUGCGGCAGACAAAUCCCACGCUCGAUCGCUUGCAGUGAUAUUACGAGCCAGUUUUGACAGACUCACAAAAGACGAUGUUAGUGACAUUGGCGACAUUGGCACUUCUUUCGUGCGAAUGCUAUCUUUACUACCGCAGCAGCACUGGGUUCAAGCCAACGUUGUCCGAGACUUCCGCGCUUUGCAGCCCUCUAUCAUAGCUAACAACACUGGGCGGCGACUCGCCGCCGCCCACGCGUAUGGCUUGCUAGCAUCGCACGAUAGCAUUGAUCAAGACGCUCUUCAGUCCGCUCAAGUAGUCUUUUUCGACAAGCUCAGCACUUGGAAGUCGGCUGUCGGUGCUGAUAUCAAUCAGAUAAGCGGCAUCAUAUUAGCACUUGGCUACUACUACAGCAGAGCGUUCUGGAGAAGUGGAGCAGUAUCUGCAACGAUAACUGAUGAUCAUCCCAUUCAACAACUGUUACAAUCAGUAGUAGAGAUCAUGAAAGACUCUCGGGACGCAACUUUGAAGGGUGCAGCCUUCUCUUGCAUCGAUCAACUCAGUCUGUUCUACGUUAUCACCCCCUCGUUGCUGUCCAAGUACGCAAAGGUCGAAGACAUUGCCGAACAGAUAUAUGAUUCCGCCAAGACAGGCACGACCAGUGCCAUCAUGGCUUUAGGCCAUCUAUCCAUGAUCACAGAGGAGACUGGAGCCGAAGCUGAGGAAGCUAUAGAAUACAAGGCCAUCGGUGACAAGCUAUAUGAGCUACAUGAGGUCCGUCAGCCGGAAGUACACUUUUCAGUUGGUGAAGCUCUAAGCUGCUUCGCCAGUGGCUGGGACUCGAAGGCUCUGACUUCCGAACUCGACAUUCUACAUCCCAACCAACCGCAAGACCCAUGGGAUGCGCCCCUACAGACGCCAUCUGGACCUAAACGUGAGAAGACGCUUGGGGCAGUUUUGGAAAAGACGUUGAAGGGUUGCGUGCAGACCAAACCCUCAUUGAAGAAAGCUUCUGUGAUAUGGUUACUGUGUCUCCUACAGUACUGUGGUCACAAGCCCGAGAUGCAGAGUUACCUUGGCCAAUGCCAGGUAGCGUUUAAGAAUUGUCUCUCUGAUCGCGAUGAGGUUGUUCAGGAAGCAGCUUCGCGAGGACUAGGAUUGGUGUAUGAGAAGGGUGAUCGCCAACUCAAAGAUGACCUCGUCCGCGAUCUAGUAGGCUCUUUCUCGGACAACAAGUCCAAGAUGGCUGGUACUGUUACGGACGAUACUCAGCUUUUCGAGCCUGGUGCGCUGCCCACUGGAGACGGGUCCAUCACGACUUACAAGGAUAUUCUGAACCUGGCAGCUGAGGUUGGAGAUUCAAGUUUGGUAUACCGUUUCAUGUCAAUGGCAUCGAAUAAUUCCAUCUGGUCAAGCAGAGCCGCUUUUGGUCGCUUUGGCCUGAGUAACAUCUUCUCCGAUUCAAGUGUCGACGGAUAUCUGGCCCAAAAUCCCAAGCUUUACCCGAAGCUCUAUCGAUAUCGGUUCGAUCCAAACACGAAUGUGCAACGCUCGAUGAACGACAUUUGGAACGCGCUCGUCAAGGACUCCUCGGCGACUAUCGACAAACACUUUGACGCAAUAAUGGACGAUCUUCUAGUCAGCAUACUCACGAAGGAGUGGCGCGUUCGUCAGGCUUCUUGCGCAGCUAUCGCGGACCUCGUACAAGGACGAAGCAUUGAAAAGUACGAGAAAUAUCUUGACGCGAUCUGGGGAAAGACGUUCAAGGUUCUCGAUGACAUCAAGGAAACCGUCCGCGUCGCAGCAGCAUCUCUCGCCCGUGUCCUCACUGGCAUACUCACUCGUUCCCUCGAAGCCGGUGAUGCGUCAAACAAAUCCGCAACCAUCCAGCUCGAACGUGUCAUACCCUUCCUCUUCUCCACCAGUGGCUUAGAGUCUUCGGCUGAAGAGGUCCGUAUGUUCUCAGUGCACACCUUGCUUCAGAUCGUCAAGAAGAGCAACGCCAAAACACUUAAUCCCCACGUUCCGGAGCUCGUGGAACGUCUGCUCGGACUGCUCAGUAGCUUAGAGCCCGAAGCCAUCAACUACGUACAUCUCAACGCCAGCAAGUACAACCUCACGGAGCAAAAGAUAGACGACAUGCGACUUGCAAACGUGCGCUCAUCACCAUUGACCGAAUCUGUGGAGCGCUGCCUUGACCUUGCAGACGCAGACACCAUGGCAGCUCUUGUGCCCCGCAUUGAGGCUGCGAUGAAAAACGCAGUUGGUUUGCCGUCAAAGGUUGGAUGUUCGAGGGUCCUGGUCACUCUGGCUACACGACAUCGCUUCUUGUUCAACCCAUACGCCGACGGCUUCCUCAAGUUGAUUCAGAAGCAGAUACACGACCGCAAUGAAUCCGUCAGCUCCUCGUAUGCAGCUGCAGCUGGCUAUCUUGCACGCCUCGCUUCGGAUAAGCAAAUCAUUGCCACCGUCGGCUUCGUACACAAGCUGUACUUUGAGUCUGAAGAAAACAGCGACAGGAACCGCCUACUCGCCGCGGAUAUCAUGCGUGCCAUCUCAUCAUACGCUACCGACCGCUUCACAUCGUUCGCGUCAGACCUGCUUCCAUUCAUCUUCCUGGCUAAGCACGACUCGGAAGAGCAAGUACGCAAGAGCUUCACAGAGACAUGGGAUGAUCAUGUCGCAGGUUCACGCACCGUCUCUCUUUAUCUCAAAGAAAUUCUCACUCUCUCUGAAACACAUCUAGAAAGCAGGCAGUGGGCCAUCAAACACACAGCCGCCAAGACCAUCGCUGACUGUGUCUUGCAAAUCACCAACGCCGUCGGUAGCGAAAAGAUCGAGCCCGUUACUGCAAAGGUCAUCUGGCCUGUACUAGACAAGGCUCUUAGUGGCAAGAGCUGGGAAGGGAAAGAAGUUGUGCUAGAAGCUUUCGUACGGUUUGUAGAACGCUCGGAAUCGUAUUGGCAGGCUGAAGAGAAUAAGGAUGUGGCCAAGCAGUUGGAGAAGGUUGCGAUAAGGGAGAGUAAGAGGCAGGAAGGCAAGAACGAGAAGGUUGUUGCUGGGGUGUUGGAGAAGCUCAGAGGGCACUUGAGCAUGUAG